UUCCGCUGCAGACGGCAAUGGUGCUGUACGAUGUUUAUAGGCGUCCACUGGUCGUUGUGCAUAAGACCAGUGUAUGUUCGAAAGCUACGUUGUUCUUAAUUCUGUGCGUCUUGUUAACAAUUAUUUCGCCGUUCUUGAUUGUGUAUCGCAGCCAGGGCUUGUGGAUAAAACAUGCAGAAUAUAGAGAACAGGCAGAUGUUCACUUUAAGCACCAAGUCCUCAUUGUGAGUGACACAGCUUCAGGCCCUCUUGUGUGGUCCACCCAGCCCUCAUUCAAUAAUCUCAUGAGAAAGUACUUACGCAUUCCACUAGUAAAGUCAUAUGAAGAGGAUGAAAACCAUGAUGGUGUGAAUGAUAGGCUUGUCUUCAGCUUGAAUAUUCCUUUACUGAGCAAUGAGUUGGUAUAUGGCACCACACUGUUGCUGACCUUUGACUACAGACUACAUCACAUGUGUGAGCUGAUAAUGGAGGGUGCAGGACUGUUUCAGCAUGCUAGUGGAGUUCCUGUGUCAGCCCUUCAUGUCACAACUGAUCUAUCCCUUCACCAACGUCAGCCUCUUCCUCCAUCUGGCAUACAUGAUUUAUAUAACACAUCCGUACUGCCAUCAUCUGUCUCUGACACAAGAAGCUGGAGAUUACAGGAAAUUCUCUCUAGUUAUUGGAAAAGAAAUAUUACUACCAAAUAUACCAACACAUACACCAGCUGGCAGACAGGACAGAGUGAUUCAUUUACCAUAAAUCUGGUUGUGCAGUACCCAGAGCAAACUGUUUUGUAUAUUCCUGGGUUUUGGUAUGUGCUUAAAUGGGCAUGGAUACAAUAUUUUUCUGUCUUAGUGAUCUUGGCAUAUGUUAUCAGUCUAAUUAAGGACUGGGUUUACCAGAACCAGGUUGUGUCAACAUGGGUUCAAUUCCCUUCAAAGAAAGAAAAGUAAAGAAUUAUGAAUAAAAGUAGUAAACUGAAGUUUCUGUUGUGUACAAUUACAAUGCAUUUAUCUAGUCAUAAUCAGUGAUUAAGGUUUUAGAGAGUCAGGUGUUGAUAUUCUUCCAAAGAAGUCAUUUUGCCUAUACUUGAGUAUGUAUUAAUUUUUUGCUUAUAAAUAUUACAUGGUAAUAAAGAGUUCAUGAUCUUUAUUAAUAGAACUGUACUGUGCUUACCGUCCAAAGUGUAUAUUAUUGAUCUGUAAAAGCUGUACUUUGAAAUUUACUUAUUAUUCUGUAAGAAAAUCAGAUUGAUUAUGGUGUGGCUGGAAUGUGGACGUCUGUUGGCAUCAUUGUUCUAUGAAUGUCUUUCACGUGUAGUCAGGUGUAUGACUCAUCUGCAAGUUGUAGUAGUCUCCCAACUUUGACAUAUCAGUAAAACAAGUCAGUUAUGGAUACACUAUCUUUUGAAUGGUAGUACCAUAUCCCUGUUUAACCUAAUUGCAAAAAUAUAGCAAGAAUACAUGCCAUGCCCAAUGCAAUACAAGUUUAUAUAUUGUAUUUACACAUAGAUGGCUCUUCAAGUGCUUAGUCACCAAGGAGUCGGUUAUUAGUCCUACCUAUCUCACCUGUUUACCCUUUUCCUCGACUUUUGGAAAGGAUCUUUUGCAUUAUUUCAUUGUCUUAAAUGUUAUUGAGAUUUUAAUAACAAUUUGAGAAUCAUAACAUCAAUAACAAUAACAGCAGUAUCAAUGUCAACUGUAUUAAAAAGAAAAUACAUUUUCCCGCCAAUUCAAGGACUGGGCAAAUCAGAAUUGGUUACUAGGACUACUUAUAGACUCCCUGCUGGCUGAGCACAUGUGGAGCCAUCUGUAUGUAACAACAUUCACAAAAAAAUACAGGGAACAGAACAUAAAUCUGGGGCAGUUGGGUUAAGGCUUUGCCAAUAGAGCCAAAAAAGGUGUGUCCUCUAAACUUUACUUUUAACCAUAUAUCUUAAUAGCUCUUAGAGAAUUUAAUGACAGCUCAUUAAUAUCUACAGUACCCAUCAUUUGAUAGAUACUGUAUGUGUGAAUGGCAUCUAACUACAUGAAAACUACAUGAACUUCUUUCAGAGUACUUACCAAAGGCAACUCUAGAACUCAUUGCUAUCAGUGGCACAAUGCAGCUCCAGAGGAACCAGGGUCAGAGAAAUCAUUGUAAACUUUAAUCAUUACAUCUUAAUCACUAACCAAGUCAGUGGUGAGGUGAGUGGAUGGAAAAAUGAGGAGAGUUGCCAUGUGGUCGAUUUGUUUGGUUGGUCUUCAUUUAAGUAGCAGAUAUUUAUAUCAUUUCAAAUUUCUGUCUAUCAUUGUAUGUAGUAGUUUCAGAAGAGUUCAAGAUUAGUGCCAUGGCUACUAUGUUUAUUUAUUCUUUAAUACAAUUCAGUAUAUACCAUAUUUUGAAUCUAAAUUAUAUGGUAUCAGUGCCUCAGACUAUAAACAUAUAAAAUGUGUUCAAGAAUGACUUUAUACUUUAAUGGUUGUGAAGGAUUUGAAUGAAGGCAUAGAUUUAAUCGUAGAGUAUCCAUUUUGUUGUAAAGAAAUACAUAAUUCUGUAUGAUUGGACUACAAAGAAAUAUAUUUUUGUUAUUUUAUUUAGGAUUUAUAAACAGUUUUGACUUUUUUUCUUUUCAGUUGUAUUGAUGUAUUUUUUUUUCAUUUGUAUUGAUGUAUUAAUGCCAUUUUUCUGUAUAUCAGAUAGGAAUAUUUUUAUUUACACAUGGCAAAUAUAGAGAUAGUGGAAAGACAUUAAAUUUCAAACUUUCCUUGAGAAUCACUGAGUAGGUUCUCCUAGCACACUCAAUAAUAGAUAAAUAUUUUUCUAGAAAGAGAAGAGAUACACUGAAGUCUGAUGGGUUGAAAUACAUAAGUGUGUGACUGUAUCUUGCCAGUAUUGCAUUUGCAUUUAAAUAAACAUUUAAUUUUUCUGUAGUAUUUAUUUUAUUAAAUAUUUAUAAAUCAAA